UUCUCUCGGUACAAGAAGGGCGUUACCAUUCUUAAACUGUUUUUUUUUUUUUCAACAGCAAAAUCAUAAACUUACACAGUGAAUGCCAGUUAAUAAAAUUAAACCACAGAUGGAGAUGAGUACUGCAAGAGAGGUUGCAGAAGGAAAAAACAGACAUCAGGAUGUACAAGCGGAUACUGGUGGGGGUGUAGACUGCUGUGGAUGGAUCCUGGUAAUCUUUUCCAUGUUAAUGAUCCUCGUGACUUUCCCCAUAUCCAUCUUCUUCUGUUUUAAGGUUGUACAGGAGUAUGAGAGAGCUGUCAUCUUUCGUCUUGGACGUAUUGGUAAAGGGGGAGCAAAAGGACCAGGUAUCUUCUGGAUCAUUCCUUGUAUAGACACAUUCCGUCGUGUUGACUUGAGGACAGUGUCAUUUAAUAUACCUCCUCAGGAAGUUUUAACAAGAGACUCUGUUACUAUAAUGGUGGAUGGUGUGGUGUAUUACCGCACUUUCAAUCCCACAGUUGCCAUCACAAAGGUGGAGAAUGCUGACAUGGCCACACAAAUGCUUGCUCAAACAACACUAAGAAACAUGCUGGGAACAAAGAACCUCUCGGAGAUCCUUACAGACAGAGAGGAGAUGGCUGACCAGAUGGAGCAUGUGUUAUAUGAUGCAUCAAAGGAGUGGGGCAUCAAAGUGGAGAGAGUCGAGCUAAAGGAUGUCAAACUCCCACAGUCUAUGCAGAGAGCAAUGGCUGCUGAAGCUGAGGCAUCACGAGAAGCAAGAGCAAAAGUGAUUGCAGCAGAAGGGGAGAUGAAUGCCUCUCGGGCUCUGAAAGAGGCUGCCAUGGUGAUGGCUGAGGCCCCUUCAUCCAUGCAGCUCCGCUAUCUGCAGACCUUGACCGAGAUUGCCUCGGAAAGGAACUCCACCAUUGUGUUCCCAAUUCCUAUUGAUUUAAUGACGGCAUUUUUCAAGCAGAAAUGAAUUGUUUGUCACCUAUGGUCGGUCAGCUUACUAGGAAGUUUUGUGUGUUAGAUUUUCUUAGAGAUUACAAUUGAUGAUAAAUUAAUUUUAUAAUUAAUGUUCUUUAUUCUUAAUUUUAAAUCCAAAUACUUAAUUAUAUUCACCCUUUGCAACAUACUUAAUUUUUUUAAUUCCUGUAAAAAUUGAAUCAAAUUAAAAACACAAUGGAUUAAAUUUUAAAAGAAACAUCACAUCAUCUGCAGUUAUAUAUUUGGAUUACUCAAGUACUGGUGACUAGUAAACUCGUCAAGAGUAAAAAUCAAAAUGCCACUGCUUGAUUAUUUCAUUUAUGUAAUAGAUUUGAAUAAAAAUAAAUUCCAUUACUUUUACUAAAUGGUGUCAUUGUUAACCUUUGACAGUAUUAAGGCACUAGCCUCUACACUCUAUUGCUAAACUGAGACUAAACUAUAGGUUACAAAGAAAACCUGCAAACAUUAUUUACCUCAAUCUCUGUAAUUCUGUUUCACACAAAAUUUUAAAACAGGUUUUUAACCAAAGUGUCUGAAUACAGAGUUGUUGUUUAGUAUUUUCAGAAACAAAUUAUUGAACUUUUUUAUUAUUAUUUAGAGCUAAAGAUUAUA